AUGGGCUUCAAGCGCAGCCCGCCGCCGUUCCUCGCCGUGGCCAACAAGACCAACAAGCAGGUCUUCAGAGGUCUCCUGGCAGUAAACUUCGCCUCUGCAGGAUCAGGCAUUCUCGACACAACAGGGAGCUCCAUCAUCCCGCUGAGCAAGCAGGUGGAGCAAUUCGCCGCCGUGCAGCGCAACAUCUCCUCGCGCGUCGGCAACGGGGCUGCCGCCGACGCCCUGCUGUCGCGGUCCCUGUUCCUCGUCAGCACCGGCGGCAACGACCUGUUCGCCUUCUUCUCGCGGAACAGCACGCCGUCGGACGCCGACAAGCAGCAGUACGUCGGCAACCUCGUCGCGCUGUACCAGAACCAUGUGAAGGCUCUGUACGUGCUCGGGGCGAGGAAGUUCGCGGUGAUCGACGUCCCGCCGAUCGGGUGCUGCCCCUACCCGCGGAGCCUGCACCCGCUGGGCGCCUGCAUCGACGUCCUCAACGAGCUGGCGCGCGGGUUCAACAAGGGCGUCAAGGCCGCCAUGCACGGCCUCAGCCUGAGCUUCCAGGGGUUCAGGGGAAAUGAAAAGGGCAACUGA